CAGGGGAAAAUGGAUCCAUCGUGAUCAUGUGAAAAAAUUUGGAGAACAUUUUGCAUCAUGUCAAGCUGGAAUAUCUAGUUUUUACACAAAGGAUUUAAUUGUGAUGGGAGCCCCAGGAUCAUCUUAUUGGACUGGCUCUCUUUUUGUCUACAAUAUAACUACAAAUGAAUACAAGGCUUUUUUAGAUGAACAAAAUCAAGUAAAAUUUGGAAGUUAUUUAGGAUAUUCAGUUGGAGCUGGUCAUUUUCUGAGUCAGGAUACUACUGAAGUAGUUGGAGGAGCUCCUCAACAUGAGCAGAUUGGUAAAGCAUAUAUAUUCAGCAUUGAAGCAAAAGAACUAAGUAUCUUACAUGAAAUGAAAGGUAAAAAGCUUGGCUCGUACUUUGGAGCUUCUGUCUGUGCUGUGGACCUCAACUCAGAUGGCUUCUCAGAUCUGCUGGUGGGAGCGCCCAUGCAGAGCACUAUCAGAGAGGAAGGAAGAGUGUUUGUGUACAUCAACUCUGGCUCGGGAGCAGUAAUGAAUGCAAUGGAAACAAACCUCGUUGGAAGUGACAAAUACGCUGCAAGAUUUGGAGAAUCUAUAGCAAAUCUUGGCGACAUUGACAAUGAUGGCUUUGAAGAUGUUGCUAUCGGAGCUCCACAAGAAGAUGACUUGCGAGGCGCUAUUUAUAUUUACAAUGGCCGUGCAGAUGGGAUCUCAUCGACUUUCUCUCAGAGAAUUGAAGGACUUCAGAUCAGCAAAUCAUUAAGUAUGUUUGGACAGUCUAUAUCGGGACAAAUUGAUGCAGAUAAUAAUGGAUAUGUAGACGUAGCAGUUGGUUCUUUUCGGUCUGAUUCUGCUGUAUUGCUAAGGACAAGACCUGUAGUAAUUGUUGAAGCUUCUUUAAGCCACCCCGAGUCAGUAAAUAGAACAAAAUUUGACUGUGUUGAAAAUGGAUGGCCUUCUGUGUGCAUGGAUCUAACACUUUGUUUCUCAUAUAAGGGCAAGGAAGUUCCAGGUUACAUUGUUUUGUUUUAUAAUAUGAGUUUGGAUGUGAACAGAAAGGCAGAGUCUUCAUCAAGAUUCUAUUUUUCUUCUAAUGGAACUUCUGAUGUGAUCACAAGAAGCAUACAGGUGUCCAACAGAGUAGCUAACUGUAGAACACAUCAAGCAUUUAUGCGGAAAGACGUGCGGGACAUCCUCACCCCGAUUCAAAUUGAAGCUGCUUACCACCUUGGGCAUCACAUCAUCAGUAAACGAGGCACAGAGGAAUUCCCACCACUUCAGCCAAUUCUUCAGCAGAAGAAAGAAAAAGACCUGAUUAAAAAAAUGAUAAACUUUGCAAGGUUUUGUACCCAUGAAAAUUGUUCUGCUGAUUUACAGGUUUCUGCAAAGAUUGGGUUUUUGCGGCCCCAUGAAAAUAAAACCCAUAUUGCUGUUGGGAGUAUGAAGACAUUAAUGUUGAAUGUGUCCUUGUUUAAUGCUGGAGAUGAUGCAUAUGAAACUACUCUACAUGUCACACUACCCAUGGGUCUUUACUUCAUUAAGAUUUUAGAGCUGGAAGAGAAACAAAUAAACUGUGAAGUCACAGAUAACUCUGGCAUGGUACAACUUGACUGCACUAUUGGCUAUAUAUAUGUAGAUCAUCUCUCAAGGAUAGAUAUUAGCUUUCUCCUGGAUGUGAGCUCACUCAGCAGAGCAGACGAGGACCUCAGUAUCACAGUGCAUGCUACCUGUGAAAAUGAAGGGGAAGUGGACAAUCUGAAGCAUAACAGAGUGACUGUAGCAAUACCUUUAAAAUACGAGGUUACGCUCAGUGUUCAUGGGUUUGUAAACCCAACUUCAUUUGUGUAUGGAUCAAAUGAUGAAAAUGAGCCGGAAACGUGCAUGGUGGAGAAAAUGAACUUAACUUUCCAUGUUAUCAACACUGGCAAUAGCAUGGCUCCCAAUGUUAGUGUGGAAAUAAUGGUACCAAAUUCUUUUAGCCCCCAACCUGAUAAGCUGUUCAACAUUUUGGAUGUCCAGACUACUACUGGAGAAUGCCACUUUGAAAAUUAUCAAAGAGAAUGUGCAUUAGAGCAGCAACAAAGUACAAUGCAGGCCUUGAAAGGCAUAUUCCAGUUCUUUUCCAAGACUGAUAAGAGGCUAUUGUACUGCAUAAAAGCUGAUCCACAUUGUUUAAAUUUCCUGUGUAAUUUUGGGAAAAUGGAAAGUGGAAAAGAAGCCAGUGUUCAUAUCCAGUUGGAAGGCCGGCCAUCCAUUUUAGAAAUGGAUGAGACUUCAGCACUCAAGUUUGAAAUAAAAGCAACAGCUUUUCCAGAGCCAAAUCCAAGAGUUAUUGAACUAAACAAGGAUGAGAACGUUGCGCAUGUUCUACUGGAAGGACUACAUCAUCAAAGACCCAAACGUCAUUUCACCAUAGUGAUUAUUUCAAGUAGCUUGCUACUUGGACUUAUUGUACUUUUAUUGAUCUCGUAUGUUAUGUGGAAGGCCGGCUUCUUUAAAAGACAAUACAAAUCUAUCCUACAAGAAGAAAACAGAAGAAACAGUUGGAGUUACAUCAACAGUAAAAGCAAUGAUGAUGAUUAAAGACUUCUUUCAAAUUGAGAGAAUGGAAAACAGACUCAGGUUGUAGUUAAGAAAUUUAAGACUGUUUACAAGAAAACAUGAAUUUUUCUUGGGCUUAUUUUACUCAUGAUCUUGUGACAUACUAUGUCUUCAUGCAAGGGGAAAAUCUUAGCAAUGAUUACUCUUUGAGAAAGAAGAACUGCCAAGGUAAUAAUAGAGCCAAAGAUAAUCUCUCAGCUUUUCAAUGGGUAGAAAAACACUAAAGCAUUCAAUUUAUUCAAGAAAACUAAACCCUUGAAGAUAUCCUGAAAGUGUAUCUGAGUUGAAUCAUAUUGGAGAUGUCUUAGACUUGAAAUAUUUUUCCUUUCAAAGAAAUACUACUUACCAUAUGUGGUUGCCUUGGUAAGAGGUUCAUUUCAAAUAUAUCUUUGAGACUUGUUCAAAAUAUGUUCUUUAAAAAUAUUUUGUAGAAUUUUUUAAAGAGCUGUUCCCAAAUUUUCUAAUGAGUGGAAGUAGACCAUUAUCACUUUAAAGCCUUUUAUUUAUAAUACAUUUCCUAUGGGCUUAGCUCUAACCAUUUUUUUUUUUAGCAGAGUAUGAAUAUUAUAGGCCUAAUGGGCAAUAUUCAGACUGAACUUGUACACUGGUGUGAGCUUAAUGAAAUGACUUCUAGAUAAUUAUUUUUUAUACAGCUAUGGAUUUCCCCAUCUUUCUGUAUAUAUAAUGUGUGUUUAUGUAAAUAUAUAUUAUGCUUCCUAUAACACACCUUUAUCAAGCAUACCCAGGAGUAAAUAGUUAAGAACCAUCUUCAAAUGUUUUGUUAUUUAAAAAAGGUACGUAAAUAUUCAAAUUUAUAUGCUGAAACAAAAGAUUGUGAGUGUUGCACUUUAGCUAAUAUACACUGAUUUAAAAAAUAUGGAAAAUUUACCUCACCAAUAACUUUUUAAAAAUCAAAAUGGUGCAAAGACUAAGUAGGGGGUCUAUACUUUAUACAUGUACUGUGUAAAAUACUGACUAUCACACAAAUAUUUGCUUGGAUGUUAUGGUUUGUUACUCUUUUCAAAUGUAAGUGUUCCCUUGCAUGGAAAUGGAGAAACAAAAUUCAUAAAUUUAGCUGAAAGAUGCUGAUUCAAUUUGUAGACAAUGAAUACAAAUGAGACAUCAAAAUUUCCAUGAACUGUUAAGUGACAGCUAAAGUAUUUUUAUAGUUUGUUGGUAUUCUAUGAAGUUCUAUUUUUUAAAUGAAAUAACUUUCUGGAUUUUAAAUAAUUUAAAUACCUUUCAUUUGCAAAUACAAUCAUUUUUGUAAUAUUUAUUUUAUGCUUAUGAGCUAGAUAAUUGCAGAAUAUAAUUUUAUCUGUCUUCCUAAGAAAGCUGUGGCUGAAUUCUGAAUAUCUGUUAUUAGAGAGCAGUCUUUACAAUUUUGGAAAAGAUUUCUAGAUGAAAUCUCUGCAACUAGCCAUCCUAAUUGAUAAAAGUUAUGUGUUCACAGGCCUGCAUGAUGGUGAGGAAUGUUCUGAGAUUUGUGAAGGCAUUUGAGUAGUGAAAUGCAAGCACCAAACCUCCUGAAUGUGUAUACACAGGAAUAAACUUUGUGACAUUUAUGUAUUUUUGAAAACGGUCUUUGUGCAAAAGAUAUAUUUUUAGCCCUCUAAAGAAUCCAGUCAUUCUUUCAGGAGAAUGUCUUAGGAUCAUAGAUGAGAAAUCAAGCCCCAAUUCAGAACUGCCUUCUCUAGAAAUUUAAAUUUGGUUAUUAUUUCCUACUCAGAAAUGACUAUUAUUUGAGCACAUUGAAAGCAGCAUGCUAUGAUUGUCCAACACAGGCCCCCCAAUAUAAGAGAAAUGCAACUAGGUAUUUGGCUAAAUUUUGCCCAAUACAAAAAAAAUUUAAGAAGACAGGGAUUUUUUUUUGGCAGGUAGUCUAUAUAUGACUGUGAUUUUGAAAUUUAACUGCUCUGGAUUAGGAAUCAGUAAAAUCAGGGCAGACAAUUAAUGGGCUCAAAUCCUGAAAAAUGAAAGUAUCCAAAUUAUUUCAUUUAAAUUGAUAUAUCAUGAUGUUGCCUAAGUUUUUUUGUGCAUCCAAUAAACAUUAUAAAAACCAAAAUUGGAAUUGAUAUUUCAUCUUGACUUUUAAAACCGUAGAGACUAAUUGUUAGUAACAUCAAAAAUAGCAAUUGCUAUUAGGAUAUCUGUUUAAAGCAGGGAUCUCCAACUGGCCACACAGCAAGAGGUUGGAGCAGUUGAGUAUUACUGCCUGAGUUCCACCUCCUGUCAGAGCAGCAGCAGCAUUAGAUUCUCAUAGGUGUGUGAAUACUAUUGUGAACUGGUUUGUGAGGGAUCUAGGGUGCCAUAUUCCUUAUAGGAAUUUAAUGCCUGAUGAUCUGAGGUGGAACAGUUUCAUACUGAAACCAUUCCCUGGUAUCAAAAAGGGUGAGGACCACAGGUUUAAAGAAUGGCCAUAUUUCUUGAUAUUAAACUUCUAGUUUGCACAUUACCUUUAGAAACAAUUACAGGUGACUUUGGAAUCAUUUACUUCUUCCAUGCUUCCUCCAUAAAGACUGAUAAGUCUUGGAUGCAAUCUAUAAAGAAAAUAUGUAUAAUUCAUUAUUUCAUCAACUUAUUUGUUAUACUAUGCCAAAUACAAAUUGAUAAAAAACAUAGAAUUCAUGACAGAGCUGUAAUCUAGAAAACUGAGAGGCUCUAAUAAAUCAACAGCAGUAAUUACUUUAAAGCGUCCUUAGCUAACUUCCUUGAUUGUCUAAUGUUCUCCACUGCCUCUGUAAAACAAUAACUACCAAGGAUGAGUCUGCAGGUUCCUAAACCUGUUUAUACCAGUUGCUCACUAAUAUGUAAAACUGUUCCUAUGUAAAGGAAGUUGAAUUCUUCAUAAACACCUAAUAAAAGCAAAUUUCUGAACAAAAAGUGUUACAGUAAUUGAGUGAGAGGAAACUACAAGACUGAAGGAUUAAAAUCUAACACUCUACUACUCAGAUGGCUCCACUAAAAGGUUUAAGAUCUUGAUUCAUUUUUAAAAAUCUAAAAUGGAAGUUAUAGACAUUAUAGUUUAUGUACAAUAAAAAAUCAGAAAGCCAAUUUAGACACACAUAAUCAAAACAAAUGCCUUGGCUCUACAUGACAAUUGGUGAAUAAAUGUAAAGUUACUUUUUUUAAUUGAAA